UAUUGUUUCAUUGUCAAUCACGUGGUUUUCUUGGUUAGACAGAACCAAGUAAUGUCACUGUUAGUUGUCACUUAUUAAAACUAAAACUCACCAAGCAAUCAUCUCAUUAAUGGAUUUCAUCAAUUAUAGAAACCUCUAUUUCAUUUUGAUCAUUCUAUGCUUUAUAGAUGUGUGUGUUUCCAUAGACACAAUUACAUCAACCAACUUUCUAAAGGACCCUCAAACUCUAAGCUCCAACAGUGGUGACUUCGUCUUAGGCUUCUUCAGUCCUGAAAAUUCUACAGAUCGCUAUGUCGGAGUUUGGUGGCAGCCUCAGUUCACAGUCCUAUUGGUGCUUAACAGAGACAAACCACUCAAAGAUUCUUCUGGUGUUGUUACAAUAUCUGAUAAUGGUAAUGAUCUUGUGGUACUCAAUGGAAAGAAAGAGGUCAUUUGGACAUCCAACGUGCCGAAUGUUGCAACCAAUUCUAGUUCGAAACUUUUAGAUUCAGGGAACCUUGUACUAGUUGAAGGAGCAACAGGAAGAACUAUAUGGGAGAGUUUCCAACAUCCAUCCAAUGUAAUUUUACCAAACAUGAAAAUUACAAGCAACAAAAUAACAGGUGAGAAAGUGAAACUCACAUCGUGGAAAGCACCUUUUGAUCCGUCCAAUGGAAACUUCUCUCUAAGUAUCGAACGACUUAGUAUACCUGAACUUUUUAUUUGGAACAAAACUCAGCCCUAUUGGCGUACCGGUCCGUGGAAUGGUAAGGUUUUUACAGGGAUUGCAUAUAUGACUACUUAUUAUCUCAGUGGUAUACAUGUUGGAGAUGAUGGAGAAGGAAACGUUUCCUUCUUUGAAACAACAACAGAAACAGUUGGUCGUAUAAUCUAUAAUCUGACUUCAGAAGGAAAUUUGGAAGAGAAAUGGUGGGAUAAAGAGAAGAAAGAAUGGAAAGUAGCAUGGAGUAGUUAUGAAAUGGAAUGUGAUGUUUAUGGCGUAUGUGGACAUUUUGCAAGCUGUAAUUCGGAGAGCUCACCGAUAUGUAGUUGUCUGAAAGGGUUUGAGCCAAGGAACAAAGCGGAAUGGAAUAAACAAAAUUGGAUUGGUGGGUGUGUUAGGAGGACACCUCUGCAGCUGUGUGAAAGAGACAGAAAUCAAAAUGUAAUUGCAGACGAUAAAGCUGAUGGAUUUUUGAAACUGCAGAUGGUUAAAGUUCCUGAUUUUGCAGAUGGGUCGUCUCUCACAGUUUCAUCAGACACGUGCAGAAGUCGGUGUUUGGAGAAUUGCUCCUGUGUUUCAUACUCAUAUGAUGAUGACAUUGGUUGUAUAUCUUGGACUGGAAAUCUAAUUGACAUACGACAAUUCUCAAGUGGAGGACUUGACUUGUAUAUUCGUGUAGCACAGGCCGAACUUGUUACAGGUAAGGAUAGAAACAUGUCAGUCAUCAUUAUUAUAUCGGUGAUAGCAGGAACUGUCUUAGUUCUCGGCUGUGCAUAUAUCAUGUGGAGAAGGCGAUCUAAUGACCAUGCAGGAAACCGGAAUGACAACGCAAUGGGAGAACUGUCACUAGUUAAACUCCAAGAGCUAUUACUGUUUAAUUUUGGCAAACUUGCAACUGCAACAAACAACUUUCAUUCAUCCAACAAACUUGGGCAGGGUGGUUUUGGACCAGUAUACAAGGGGACAUUGCCUGAUGGUCAGGAAAUGGCGGUUAAAAGACUUUCUAAAGCAUCUGGACAAGGUCAAGAAGAAUUCAUGAAUGAAGUAGUUGUGAUUUCCAAGCUUCAACACCGCAAUCUUGUAAGACUUCUUGGCUGCUGUGUUGAAGGUGACGAAAAGAUGUUGAUAUACGAGUACAUGCCAAAUAAAAGUUUGGACGCAUUUCUCUUUGAUACAUCGAGAGGUAAAAUCCUUGAUUGGAGUAAACGCUUAAGUAUAAUUGAAGGAAUAGCCCGAGGAAUGUUGUAUCUUCACAGAGAUUCCAGGCUAAAAAUUAUACAUAGAGAUUUGAAGGCAAGUAAUAUCUUGCUAGAUAAUGAGCUUAAUCCAAAAAUAUCAGACUUUGGUAUGGCCAGAAUCUUUGGAGGGAAUGAAGAUCAAGAAAAUACUCGAAGAGUUGUUGGUACUUAUGGUUAUAUGUCUCCAGAAUAUGCAAUGCAAGGACUCUUUUCUGAUAAAUCUGAUGUCUUUAGCUUUGGAGUUUUGCUUCUUGAGAUUAUUAGUGGAAGACGAAAUUCAAGCUUUUAUAACUGCGAGAACUCUCUGACCCUUUUAGGAUUCGUGUGGAUACAAUGGACAGAAGACAAUAUUUUACCUGUGAUAGAUCCAGGAAUAUACAAUCAUAUACAUUAUAAAUCCGUUUCUAGGUCCAUACAUAUAGGACUCCUCUGUGUACAGGAAUUUUCCAUAGACAGACCCACUAUGGCUGUUGUGAUCUCUAUGCUCAAUAGUGAGAUUGUAAAUCUUCCUCCUCCGAAGAAACCUGCAUUCGUCCUGAGGCAGAAUAUGCUGAGCACGGUGUCGUCUGAAGAAUGCAAUGAUGGGUUGCACUCUAUCAACUUAGUCAGUAUUUCAGACAUCCAUGGCAGAUAGUUAACUAAGAGGUUUAUAUUUUCUUUUUCAAUUCUUUUUGCACAACCAAAUUGGCAAAAUGUAUCAAGGGAAGGCUCAAUCAAAAAAUGUGUAAAUUCUGAUUUUACUUACCCGUGCUGCUAAUGUCAUUCAUAGAAAGAAAGGCAAUAAUCCUUGCACAUUUUGCAAGAAUAUGUCAAUUAUUGAAGAAAGUAGAAACAACUUUACUACCAAAUCAUGAAAUGAUCUAUCCAAAUAGACUUUAAUUUCAUUUACUAUUUGAUGUAGUAUCCAUUGUGUCGAGGCGUGUUUGAAACAAAUCUUUCAUGGCUAAUAUCAUUACUCAUAAAGUAAUGUUUGAAAGCUCCCAUAAAUUUU